AUGAAGAAGGAUGAAGUCAAGAAAAAAAUUGAAAUAAACAGGAGGAUUCAAAAUGAGUACCUUAUGAACAAUAUACUUGAUAAAGAUUUCCAAGCUAUGUUGUUUCCUCUAAGCUUUUUUCAAUCAACGGGUCUAAGAUGUUUUAUCAUAAUUUCCAAUUUCAAGAACAUUAUGGUAAUGGUAACGUUAUGCAUUGCAUGUGAAAAUUUCUAUAGAGCUACAAAUCUUGCUGAAAGUUGCUGUGCUCAGAAUUUAAGUAACGCUAUACCUAAAGGUAUGCGCCAGACUUGCAAGAACGUGUUGCGUUUGAACCGCGCGACGCUGCGCAAGAUGUCGGCGUACGGCGUGUUUGAAGUCGACGCAGCGUUCCCGCUGCGGCUGCUCAGCAUAAUCGUGACCUAUGUUGUCGUGCUACUGCAGUUCGCCUUUUUAACAUAG